AUGUUUACCGGAAACAUUUAGUUACAGCGACUUUUCUUCACGCGUGUUAGAAGCUAGAAGGUAACAUGGAGUCUAAAAGUAUACCGUGGUCAUUUGAUGAGGUGCAGACGUUUCUGUGUGUCGUGGCAGAAGAGAGGAUCCAGCGAGAGCUCAAUGGAGCGACCCGGAAUGCGAGGGUUUAUCAGGAGGUCGCCCAGUUGUUAGCCGCUCACGGAUACCACCGGUCAAUGAAACAGUGCCGGGAGAAACUUAAAAAAUUCAAGAGCGACUAUCGGGCAAUAAAGGACCACAACGGCCGGGGUGGGUCGGACCGCAAGACGUGGAAGUGGUUCGAUCAAAUGGACGCUAUUUAUGGUCACCGACCGGCGAGCAACGGGAGGGAGGGUGCCACGACUGUGCUGGGAGCCAUGAUGAAAGAUGGCAAAAGAAAAAGGAGCCUGUUCACACAGGAUAUGGCUGUAAGGAAAGAUUUGGAACAGCAGGAGCUGAACCGGGCCCAGCGUGAACGCCAUAUUCAGUUGCUCUUGGAGGAAGCUCGAAAAGGAAGGGAGCAGGAAGCUGAGUUGAGGCGUCAGGAGAGCGCACAGACUGCUUCAUUUAAUGAAGCAUUCCUUGGAAUGCUGGGCCAGCUUGUCCAGGCCGUGAACAAUCGCACAUGAACAAUUUCCCCUACCCCAGGGCUGGACAAACGGAUUAUGUGUACCGCUUGGUUUUUGUAAAUGUUAACAUGUUUACAUAGCAGUCCAUCAAGUCAUUUUUUGUAUCUUUCUUUUCUAGUUUCAGUGCUGUCAUCCUGACUUAUCUGCUGUGUACAAAGUCAAUAAAGGAGCAAGCACGCUCACUUCCUGGCUCUUGAAAA